UGUCAGAUUGGACCGGCACGCUCGGUUUUUGAUUUUUGUCGGGUUUCGUGUUUGUUUACAUUUUUGUGGCCGUGGUUCGGUUGGAAUAACUUUGUAUAUCCGUCCGGCCGCCGUCAUACCUUGGACUAUGGAGAAAGUAAAAGAAUCAAAGUUCGCCGGGCUCUACAAAAACAGCGACAAACUGCAGGAGGCGCACAGACAGGAGGUCAGAAGGAAAUUACUGUUGGAGGAGCAGAAACGGUUGAGGGCCUCCAAGCAUGACGACCUCAGGCACAUUGAGGAGUUCAUCGAACGGGUCCAACGGAGGAAACCGCAUUUUCGGAAAAGACUUCCAGACGAGAAUCCAAUCCAACUUUCGGAAUGGAUGAAGGAACGCCCCGAGGACCUGGAGCAAUGGUACCUGGUGCCUUGCCCAAAGGGAAAAAGAUGCCUCCUCAUCGCCACAAAUGGCAAAACUGAACUCUACAACAAGAACGGAUACUUUAUCCGAUCAUUUCACACAAAUUUGCCCGGUGAUCGGCGAGCAAGGCAACAAGUGACGGUUUUGGACUGCAUCGUCGACCCGAAAACCAAGAAGAUCUUCAUCCUCGACAUAAUAGCGUAUGGCGGCCAGGAUUUGGCCAACUGCGAUACCCAGUUCCGCUUCUACUGGGUAACAACAAAGUUCUCAGAAAAUCCAAGCUCAGAUGAUGAAGACUACGAGCUUGUCCCGCUUCCUCACUUCGAUAUGGCAGACGAGGUGGCAACUGCUUCCUGUUUCGAAAGGUUCCCGCAAUUCGAAGAUGACUCCCCUAAACUCGACGGUUUCCUCUUCUACCACAAAGACGCAAGUUACACGUACGGCACCACCCCCUUGGUUCUCUGGCUGUUUGCAUUCAUGGUGCCGGAGGUCCUGAUUUACAACGUCCACCCCACGUUCAUGAUGAGCCAACCGCCCGACUACGUCGACUAUCUCCACUACAUCACACAAUUUGACGAGGCCAUGCUGAAAAGGAAGGCGAAAAUCAAAGAAAAGUGCAACCGGAGGAGCAGCCAAGGGAAAAUGGACGAAGAUCCUGAGAAUGGAUUUGAUAAUGAACACGAGCAGAUGGAAGGCGACGGAGGUGAAAGUGAAGAACUCAAUGAUGUGGAGACGAUAGUUGACCGGGAGCGAAGACUAGAGAUGGAGGAGACGACGCCAUGCUUUUUCUAGAUGUACUUUUACGUGAUAAUUUUCGUUGUUAAUAAAAUUUGACUUGA